AUGCGAAAAAAUAUAAGAUUAUCAACAGAUUUGGAAAGAUAAAGGAUUGCCUCAAAUAUCUCAAUAAAAUCAAUAAAUUCUACUACUAUUAAUACAAUUAAUACGACAAAUGAUGGUACUCUUCCUCGUUUAGAAUCAAAUCACUUCAUAAAAAGUAGAGUUAAAAGAAGUAGUCAUCAAAUUCGAUUUAAACGAUCACCUAUGAAAAUGUCAUAGCCAAAUAAUAUGCUUGAAAGUCAAUCCAUUAAGUAAUCUUCUAAAAUCUUACUCAACUCUGUUGUCUUUGAACUAGAUAAGUUGGCGAUUGCAGCUAAACAUAAGUCAACCAAAAGUCAAGAUAUCCUAAAUCUGUCAAUAGAUUUGAUGAAUAUGUUAGGAUCGGAUUAUGAUCGAAUUGAAAUAUAUCUUAUAGUUCUCUAGAAUAAAUGUAAAUCGCAGUGUGUUUCUUUAGGAUUACUGUUUACUUUUCUCAUAGCGAUAAUUCAAGAAACCUAUGGACACAACAGAGGAUCUUUGCAACAAUAUAGAUAUAUGAAUGAUAUGGCAAAUAAACAUUAGCUAUUUUAAUGUAAAAUGAUGGUGUAUUAUAGAAUUGGAUUGCUUUUGAACAGAUUGAGAUAGUUCGAAAAGUUAUUAGUGAUUGGUAAGAAAUUGUUAAAACUAAGUUGGUAUUACUCGGAACAAGAAUAUGAAUUGAAAGCUUAUUAUUUGAUUUCGAAGGGAUACAAUGGAAUCUAAGAUAUGGAAAUGUCUGUAAUAUUUAUGAACAGAUACCUUGAUGGAGUCUUGUAGUAGAAUGAUCACAUCAAAAAUAUUGGGAUGCAAUAAAUCACAUUGUAUCACCGAAGAACUCAGGAACCGAGACACAAAAGUCCUUCAUCGGAUGACUUCAAUUUGGAGAUGUUCAGAUAAAAAAUUGAAAGGAAUUACAUCAAGAUGAAAAUGAUUGGGGGCAAGUUAUCAUUUAAGUUGUAAUCAUCAGAAUGCGAUAUCUGUGCUUAAUAUGGCAAGAAUUGUGAAAGAAUCUAAACUGAAGAUGAACACCCAUACAAAAAGAAUAUGAUUUUGCAUACUGAUAGUAGGAAUAGAGAUUUGAUUGGGUACUUUGAUUCAGAAUAAAUCUAAUAGAUGUACAUUCCAGCCAAAACAUUGCCCAUUCUAAAAUAAUUAAUAUUAAAAUUCAUUUCAUAUAUAUGA